AUGUCGAGCGUUUUCUUCUACGAACCUUUCUACGACUUUGACCGCUUCUUUGACGAGGCCUUCUCAUCUCGCCAAGGAAACUCACGAAACCAAGUACAACAACGAAAUUCUAACGGUCAGUCUGGUAUCGUGCGGUCCUUCAAGCCAAGAAUGGAUCUUCAUGAAGACUCCGAGAAGAAUCUUGUCACUGCGACGUUUGAGCUUCCCGGACUCGUCAAAGAGAACGUGAACAUCGACGUUCACGAUAAUCGCCUCACUGUCGCUGCCGAGUCUAAGCAGGCCAGCGAGUAUCAAGAAAACGGCUAUGCCGUCCGCGAAAGACAGUACGGAAAGUUUUCGCGUACCCUGCAGCUCCCCAAGGGAAUAAAGAGCGAGGAAAUAAAGGCAAAUAUGGAGAACGGUAUCCUUACCGUCACUUUCCCAAAGUCGUCGCCCGAGCUGGCCCCAAAGAAAAUCACUAUUGCAUAG